UGCUCCAGCCGCGGUGCUAACGCUUGUUUGCUAUGCUUAGAAGCCCAGUUAGCGGCUCGUCUGAGCGGCGUAGUUUCCGACAUCUGGGCGGAUUUUAUUUAUAUAAAAAAUAGUCCGGCCGGAACGGUUGUUUUUCUAUGGGUGGAAAAAAAAGGGGAGAGGUGCGGCGACACACCGCGAGCGAGAAACUUUUCCUCUAGAAAGGAAUUCUACGCCAUAACUGUUUGUCGCCGGACUUCGCAGAAUAAAUAGUGAAAAGUACGCCGUUCUUCAUCAUCGGACUGACACGUUUUCGUGCGGGGUUUUUCUUCCUCCCCCCCUUUCUCACGGCCAUUAGGAUGAGUGCGUGUCUUGUUUGCGGGCCUUCCUCUUGCACUUGUGUUUGCGGGGAGCUUCUCGGUACUUUGUAACGCCACCGUAGUAACGCAAACGUCAAAGUUGCCGAGGAAGCUUUAGCUGUUUACGUUCCAGCGACUGCCACCGUCGGAUUGGCUAAACAAACUUAACUUUUGUGUGGUGUUUGUGGACGCGCGCGCCACAGGAGUGGACCCAUCUGUACGGGACACCGCCGCACGAAGAAUAUGGGUCGCCUGGGAGGGCAUUAGGGGUUACUAUGCCCGUUAAACCGAUUCUCAUCCUCGGGGAGGAAGAUUUCCAGGAGGCAUUUCAAGCGUUGAGCUGCGGCCUGGUCGCUGCACGCCACGGCCUGCAGUGCUGUGGAGUAAAACCGGUAGUAAUCGCUGUACUACGAUGACUUGUCACGGUACUAUCCAGUUAAACCAGAGAUUACGACAUCGUCGUUUGUUGUUUGCAUGCUCUGGAGAAGAAGUUAACAGCUGUUAUCUGUGGAUUGAGCUCGUUUCUGCAGAGUCACUGGAGUAAAGUCGAAAAGUGCUGGAGUCACGCAACAAAAGACAAGACAGGAUGAGCGAGGGAGGCCCUGGCAGAGGAGUAAAAUAGAGCAUAGAGGAGAGGAGGAAGCAGGAAAAGACGAGCAAUCCAGGAACGCCAAGUGAAAACUCUGGGAUAAAUAAAUAAAAGGAGCUGUUUAGUGAAAAAUUAAGCUAGAUGAAAAGAUGAAACCGAUUAAAAAGCAGGGCCGACGCUCUCCCCCCUCCACCCGGGCAAAAGGAGGGAAGCGUCGGGGGGCUGGGGAUACCCCAGACGGAGGAGAGAAGAGAGACUCGGACGAGAAUAGAGACACAAGUAGAUCCCCUUUGAACCAAAUUACAUCUUCCUCUUUUUCCUCCAGUUCACAUUCUGAAUCUUUUCAGUCAGACCUAACAAGGGUGCGGGACAGUUCCCCAGGGGAGAGGCUACCAGAGACGAUUGUAAUGGAUUCGGCAAAACUUUUGACAUCCUCUGAUGAAAGAUCUGCUCGGUCAACCUGCGAAAGCGGUGGCAGUAGUUGUAGUAAUAGUAGUACACCGAGCGCCAACAAUAGUCCAAAUCCAUCCUCCAACCGAAAAACAGCCACCUUCAAGUCCCGUGUUCCCAAAAAGAAGUACACAUCCGAACACUGUUUGUCAUCUACUGCCAGUCAUCAUAGCAACCCCACCUCUUCUGUGACACCUCCUCUGUCUCUGAGCAGCGGAGCCUUUAAUGAGGGGUCAGCUGGUUCAGGGGUCGACAUUAGCAACUUGCACUCUGAUAGCAGCAGCCAGAGCAGGAGCCUAAUGGAUGACUUUCACCCUGGUUGUCCUGAUGUGGAGGGACCCCGAGAUUCCUUGGGCCCACCCAUUCUGUCACUUGGAGGAGGGAGGGCUGGGGGAAGUGAUGACUUAACAGAUACAGAAAGAGUGUCCCCCAGCCCCCUGCCUCGCUGCUCUUCAACAGACACAGCCAGUGAGCACUCUGCCGAUCUUGAGGUUGUUGGUGACACACGUGAUGUCUCACAUUCUUCUGCACGCUCAGCCCCCAGUCUCCCCAAUGCUCUGUCUGAUGCCCUGGCCAAAGGAUUAAAAAACCAGCGAAUCCUUGCCCGUCAGCAGAAGAGAAGAAACAAUGAAAAGGCUGGAGGGGACAUGAGGCACGACAAGAGGAGUUCAGAUUUGGUGUUCAGGACUGGGGUGGUACGAAGUGUCAGUGGUAAAUCAGGAACCCUGGAGGUGCAACUGAAUGGAGAGAAGAUGCUGUGCCGUUAUCCUUAUUGCCAUGACAGCCCCCUGGGGGUGGUGGACAUAAUCUUGGAUGCGCCACCACCCGGUGCUCAUACAAUACCAAUUGGAACCCAUGUCUGCGUGCCAUUUGGAAAUGAAGAUGGUAACGAGGGUCAAUGGCAGUGGUACAGAGAAGGUGUGGUGACUGAGGUAGACACACAUCCUGCUGUGGCCAACCGCUACCGUGUCCUACUGUCGGAGGAAAGACCUUACUCUCUUGAUGAAGAAGAUAAUAGAAGUGCUCCCCAGGCUGUGUGGGUCUCUAGACAAACACUCAGACUUCUUGUGCCACCAUGGGACCUGGACUUUCCCUCUAGUGGUACACGAGAAGGAGAAGCUAAUGUCCGACAUAGGGAAGAAAAGCAGGAAGAAAGGGAAGAGAUAGAUGUUGAGCAGGAGGUGCGUCGCCUCAGCGGAGGAUUAGCCCCUGGCAUAGCAUCGGAGUUGGGAAAGGGGCUGUCCUACCAAGGAAUAAUCGCUGUCUCUUCAACGUCGGGCCAUAGCAUUAACUCUCAAGUAACUCCAGAAUCUGCUUUUACUCUAGCAAGUGGUAGAGAAUGGGAAAUUGAGAAGAAUUUAGAAAGAGUGGAAAGGGAGAGGGCGCUGAUGAAAAAUCAGAGCAGGGACAGAGAAAGAGAGAACAGUGUAAAGCAAGUGCAACAACUGUCACACCAGCCCCAUGCAUACAUGCCACUCACCCCUGAAGAAGACAUGGAGGUGUCGCACUUUAACAUGGUCCCCAUCAUACCUGGUGCCAAACCCAUGACAGUCCCCCAACAGCGUAACAUUGUUUCUAAGCUCCAGCCUGGCUACCUCAAUACUCACCCAUCUGUGGUGCGGGGUGUUGGGUUUCCCCCCACCCACCUGGCCAUGAACCCCCACCCUCCGCCUGUUCUUAUAGGCAUUGAUCCAGCAAGUGCAGCCAGUGCUGUGAUCACAACAUCCCAGCUCCCUCCUAUACCUCCUAUCUCCUCUUCCUCUACAUCCUCCUCCAGAGUGGAAAAGGCAUCAGGGGGAAAUUCUAGUGCAGUAGGAGGGCCCAGUUCAACCUCCUCCAGCUCUUCACGUUCCCGUACACCACUCACAGCUGCCCAGCAGAAGUACAAGAAGGGAGAUGUUGUGUGCACACCAACAGGAAUUCGAAAAAAGUUUAAUGGGAAGCAGUGGAGACGACUUUGCUCUCGGGAAGGUUGCUCGAAAGAGUCUCAGCGACGGGGAUACUGCUCUAGACACCUUUCAAUGAAGACAAAAGAAAUGGAGGCUAGUGGUGGUGGGCGGGACCGAAGUGGAGCCAGUAGCACAGGAACUCUAACACCAUCUGACUUGCGACUGAGUGGUGGGAGAGCCAGCUCGGAAUUUGACUGGGAUGAGACAUCACGGGAAAGCAGUGAGGCCAGCAGUCGUGGAGGAGACUCCCGUCCCCGUUUAGUCCUUCCAUCCCUGCUACCCCAGGACCUUUCUCGUUUUGACUAUGACGAGUGUGAAGCAGCAUCUAUGCUUGUCUGCUUAGGUGGUUCCAGUUCUGGCACGCCUUCAUUUUCUCCCAUAUCAAACCAGUCACCAUUCUCUCCAACCCCAUCACCCUCACCAUCUCCACACUUUGGCUUUCGCCCUGCCAAUUUCAGCCCCAUUACAGCUCAUCCUUCACGCCGCCAUCGUCAACCUAGUGGCACUAAGAUUGGUACGCCAGGGGGUGAAAGAGAGCGGCACCCAUCAGGGAUUGUUCCAUCUUUUCAAACCAACCUCACUUUUUCAGUUCCUAUAAGUCCAAGCAAGAGGAAGCAUGACACCUAUCACCCUCCUCUACUGCCUGCAAUCCAGGACUGCCAAACCAAGCAGGAACAACAGCAGCUGAUUGGCAUAGGCAGCGGGGUGUUGGGAGACCAGUCCCUUGUUCAUAAUCCUGCAGCCUUCAGAGUCCUUUCCCCUCAGAAUCAGUCCACAACUCCUUCCUCACUUUCCUUUACCCAUCCUCGCAGCGCCACCAGUCGGCCUCCAUCCUCGGCUGCCUCCACACCUCCACCCAUGCUGGUUUCUCCUACUCCUUCUCCACUACCCCAAGAACCCUCUCCACGCCGGAUUGUACCUCUCCGUGACUCUCCAGUCAUCGUCCGUAACCCAGACGUCCCUCUGACAAAGUUCUCUGAUGGUCCAUUAGCAAGGCGGGACAGAAGUAGGUCAAGAGAGCGCAACCAGUCACAACAUGCAACAACUAUAGGCUUACAGGCCCCUGUUCCCAUUAAUGGGGCCACCACCAACGGUGCAGUUCUCCUGCGGAACCCUGGAUCAACUCUUGUUUUGGUGACCUCAAGCUCGUCUCUCACUCCAGCCACAGGAGGCCAUGUUACCAUCUCUAACCCUACUACCCCAGGAUCCACGUCUGCUUCUUUGGGCUUGGCCCUGUCUUCAACUGGUCCUGGAGCAAAGGACAGGAAACUCGACAAGCAUCAGGACAACUCAGGAGGAACACUGCCUCAGCCGGUUGCCUGCCAUCCAACACCAACAGCCCUGCUGCCGCUCAUCCUCCCAGCUGAGUCGUCUCUCCCUACGCCCCGCAAGCAAAUCAUCAUGGGACGCCCAGGAACUGUGUGGACCAACGUAGAGCCUCGCUCAGUUCCAGUGUUCCCUUGGCACUCUCUGGUCCCUUUCUUGGAGCCUAGCCAGUCAGGAGCGGCCGCCCAGCCCGCCGAUGGCCAGCAGUUCAUCAAUCAGGGCAAAGAACCUCGCUGUGGUGUGGCGUUGGUAAGUGACGGGCGGACCGGGCCUCCAGAUCCGGGAAGAGGAUCACCAUCAUGCCCUACUUCAACCAAUGACAAUCUUCCUGCUGACAAGGGUGGGGCGGACAGUGAGACCGAAAGUGAUACAGACGACCCGUUUUCUCCUGGUGUUGCAAACAAUCCAUCUCCAUCCAAUGGACCCAUUAAGAGACGCACUCAGUCCCUCAGUGCCCUGCCGAAGGACGGAGACAAGAAGAGGGAGAAGGAUCACAUCCGUCGCCCGAUGAAUGCAUUCAUGAUUUUUAGCAAGCGCCACCGUGCCCUGGUACACCAGCGGCAUCCCAACCAGGACAACCGCACAGUCAGCAAGAUUCUGGGGGAAUGGUGGUAUGCUCUGGGGCCCAAUGAGAAGCAGCAGUAUCAUGAUCUGGCCUUUAAGGUGAAAGAAGCCCACUUCAAAGCCCACCCAGACUGGAAGUGGUGCAACAAGGACCGCAGAAAGUCUAUGUCCGAGGGACGUCCCUCCUUCGGUGGGACCCCCAAAGAGGCCCGAGAGAGGAGCAUGUCAGAGAGCAUAGAUGCUGUUUCUGAGUCUCAGGUGUUGGAGGGGAAGGGAGGAGGCUCAGGGUGGCCUUCAGGAUCAGAACGUCGUGGUGGGCUUUUUGAGGGCCGGCACCCCCGUCCCAGAGCUUUUUCCCAAAGUGCUGUGCACACCCUGGAGCAGAGGGAAAGAGAAAGAGACCUGGAGAAGGAGGACGGAACAAGUUUGUUCAUUAAUCGGCCACUGCUGUACCAAGGCGGAGCCAGUGAGGACGUGACCAGUGAUGAAGAGCGAAUGGUGAUCUGUGAAGAAGAAGGGGAUGAUGAUGUGAUCGAUGAUUCGUGCACAGAAGGCUCCAUCGAUCUCAAGUGUAAGGAGAGAGUGACAGACAGUGAUGAAGAUGAACCGGAUGGGCAGCAUGGCUUCCAGCCAGUGCCCCGCUCUUCUCUCCCCUCCUCUUCUCCUUCAAUUCGACACUCCGACUCUUCAUCAGUUAAAGGGAACAGAGAGGAUGGAGGAGGGAGUGGUGCCGAAGACGGGCCAGAGACCAAAAGAACAAGAGGAGUGGGUGAAGGGGGGGAAGAGAGCCAGGAGGGGCCCAAAAGGAAGGAUGCAGGAGGCGUUAGCGGGGAGAGUGGCUCAUCUCUGUCCUUUACUGGCUCUACAUCCAUUGCCCAGCCACCCAUCACGGUGGCUCAGCAGGGAUUUACGCAGUCCCAGAAUGGCGUCCGCGUGGCCCCCACUGUGGUGACCAACGUGGUGCGCCCCAUCGCCAGCACGCCUGUACCCAUCGCCAGAAAGUCUGUGGAAGGAGCCAUCACCAUCAGCUCCGUCCCCCAGGACAGGAAAGCUACUCUUCUGAUCGGAGGAGGUGGAGCUCAGCAGAUGCCAAUCACCACAGGGGGUGGGUACCUGUCCUCAUCCUCCUCCCCUGGUCCUGUCAGUGUACCGGUAACCCCAGUGGCUGGUGGCUGCCUGGUCACUAACCUAGUUCUGGGAGGGUCCUUCCCUGCUGCACAGCCAGUGCAGCUCAUUAACCCACAAGCUCUGCAACCACACACCCAAACUCACCCACCCGUCCUGCAGCCCCAGCUCCACCCCACUGCUGCCAAACCUCCCGCCUGCCCCAAGCCACUAGCACAGGUCCAGUAUGUUCUGCCCUCCAAGAGCCAAUCCUCCCCGCAGUUCACUCACCAGCACAUCCUCACCCUGCCCGCUAAUGCCACCAUGGCCAAUGGCGUUCAAUCUGGGGCGGGGACCAAAGUCAGCUUGGAGACCAGAGCCCAAACACAGUCGCCGGUCUUGCAGAGCAAGAUGCUGGUUUCCAUGGGAACAGUGAGAGCAGGUUCUACUCCUCCUCAACCUUCCAUUUCUCUUGUGACUCCGCCUCUUCCUGUGCAGAAUGGCACAGCUUCAGGAAAUAAGAUCUUUCAGAUUGCUUCCAUGCCUGUUGUGCAGAGCAAUGUUCACCCAAGCGCCACAGCAGCCGUACAUCCUGGGAGCUCCUUUCCUGUUUCCGUGGCAACAAUGAUGGCUCCCGCUGGGGCACCCCCGCAGAACGUUCUCCUGACCUCCCCACCCACCAGGAUCACCUAUGUCCAGUCCAGCCCAGGGGUAACUACGGCAACAGGCCAAAAGGGCCCGCAGCCUCAAGGACCUGCAUAUCUUCCAACACCUCUUGCAGCUCUGGGCUUUACUGCCAUCGCUCCAGCUGGCCAGGCCCUGGUCCAGCCAAUCGUUGGUCAGCCGCCUUUGCUGGCUCAAGCCCCGCCCCUAAGCUGUCAAUCCCAGAUUCCUGCCAGCCAGACAGCUGUAGCUGCAGGUCGUCAGAUUCUCACUGCCAUUUACCCUGCUCAAACUGUUGCCCUGGCGACUGGUGCGGUCUCAGUGACAGCUGUUCCCCCUGCUUUGGCAUCUCCGGCCCAGGAGGUGAAAACCUCUCCCUCCCCUCCGGCCAGUGGAGCACAGGGGCCUGGCUCCCAGCCUGGCAUGGGAAGGAAGGUGGAGGUGAAGCAGGAGAGCCAGCUGGAGGCUCAUACUGAAGAUCAAGGGUUAUCAAGCUGCACCACCAGCUCCACUCUGUCCCCGAUUGCAGCCAGCAUCACAGCAGUGAAAAAAGAAGAAGAUAUCAAAGAGGAAGACGAGGGAGACGUGGCUGUGAUGGACAAACAGAAUGAGGCAGACGAAGAGCGAGAAAGGGUGAUGAAGGAGAGCGAAGAGAAGAAGAGACCCAGAGAGAUGGAAAGAGAGGAUCACAGCAACAACAGCAAAGAGGCUGGACCUCAUUCCCCCCCUCCAACCUCCUCAGGCCUGGAUCCCCCGCCUCCUCCACCAGCAGAAAAAGAAGCUCCUUCAUCCUCAAAAAGGAAUAAAUUUCGACCCCCUCCACUCAAAAAGGCUCCUGACUCCCAUGACAAGGUUUUGUCUGAAACCUAUUUUGAGGAGCGUUUUGCUGAGCUACCAGAGUUUAAUCCAGAGGAGGUCCUUCCCUCACCCACUUUGCAGAGUUUGGCAACCUCACCCAGAGCCAUCCUGGGAAGUUACCGCAAGAAGAGGCGCAACUCCACCGAUCUGGAAGCAACCGGAGAGGAGCCGAGCUCUCCUAGAAGAAAGACUCGGCGUUUGUCCAGCUGCAGCUCAGAACCCAACACCCCGAAAAGCGCCGCCAAGUGUGAGGGGGACAUCUUUACCUUUGACAAAGCAGGUCCAGAAGGCGACGUUCCCCAGGGAGACUCGGAGCGAAUUUCCUACUCGUCUCUGCGUAGAACUCUGGAUCAGCGCCGGGCCCUGGUCAUGCAGCUGUUUCAGGAACAUGGCUUUUUUCCCACUGCUCAGGCUACAGCCGCCUUCCAGGCACGCUACUCAGACACAUUUCCCACCAAGGUGUGCCUGCAGCUGAAGAUCCGCGAGGUUCGUCAGAAGAUCAUGCAGACGGCCACGCCCGGAACCCUGGAAGCUGGAGGAGGGUUGAUAGAAGUUGGCCCUGUCCCUUCCCAUAGUUCCUUACUCAAUCACUCAGUGCGAGAGGAUGGAGGGUCGGAGUCGCAGGGAGACAAAAGCCAGAGCUCAGAGGAGCCUCAAAGUGAAGGAUCAUAAACCGGAUGAGAGGAUGUUGAAGCGGCAAAAAACACAGAGGAAAAAAAAAAGAUGGAGAGGAAUCAUUCCACUGGUGCUGAUCUCCGCCAGACCUGGGCAGAAAUAUCUGGUUACAGAUACACACAUCUACUUAAGACGCACUUUGAUUGUCUCAUUAGGCCUUUAGAGGAGCCUCAAAGCAGCGGGAUCACAUGUGAAUCAGAAUGAUUCAAGUGCUUCUUUUAAAAUCGGUUUGGCUUUGAUUUGUCCAAAUACCCUGAAUGUUUUUUGCUUUCGCCCAGGUCUGCUCUCAGCACACCUGUGCAGUGGUUUGCUGUGUAACACACAAGCUCUGUGGUAAAUCCUUUUUUGGACACGCACACACAUUUAACAAACCUGGUGCAUAUGUAAUCGCCAGCAUACACACACACACACACACACACAUCUUCACUUUUACCAAAUUAGACUGUUACUCUUGGUUAGCUGCCUCCAGGAGCAGCUACCAAGGACCAUGACACACAAAGGCACUUUGUCACUUAUUGUACAGAUGCAGUUUGCUGUUGCCAGCCAGCCAGCCAGCCCUCAGAUGCCACUGACUUAACCUCCUCCUCGUCCCUUCCACUCCUCAGCACAGUGGUCGGGAUGCAAACGCAACACCAACGACCUCCACUGAUAUUCCACAGCCCCUCAAUGCUGCAAGACAGACAGCACACACCUACACAGUACAUGCAGACACAGAUGUGCCAUGCACGGACACGCCUGUGCAGCGUCAGCACUCAACUCACACAAAAAUACUCAACUCUGGUCAGACAAAGCCAUUGACCUGCACAGUUUCUAGUGAUUGUAGUGAAAAGUGAGAAGAAGAAAAGCAAAAGCAAAAAGGAAGGACACGAAUCUGGAUGUAAAGUGACCAAUCUUUGCACCUUCAGUUAUUGCUAUUACGACAGACUUAGACAUGACUGGCAGAAGGUGAUAAUAUAUAUUUGUCCGUAUGUCUGUUUGGGUUACAUCCCCAGAAACCUGUGUAUACAGGCACCAUAAAGAGAUUAUGUAAAGAGACUGUUGUGAGGUUUUGAAAAAUCAACGUUAAAGGCGACACUGAAUGGAGCACAGAGAAAAGAUGCAGGACAAAACUGGAUGACGUUCAAAUGGAUGCGACAUUCAUAUUCUGGCAAAAGGAAGACGGAAAAAAGGAUGGACAAGGACAAAUGUGACGUGGCAAGAAUAUCAACAGCAAGGAAGCGUAAAAUUCCAGUCAAGCCUCUCUGAAAUUCCUCUGGAUAUGAUGUUGCUUUCUCUUAUUAUCGUGGAAAUAACCAGUUUUUACCGUGGCCUGUUCUUUCUCUCUCGUGGCUCUAUUGUGUUUCUUCUCCUGCAUAAAAAAUUUGAAACAAAAAAAAAAAAGACUGAAAAAAAAGAAGGGGACAAAAUGUUUCUGUAUGCUCUCCCCAUCCCUUCCUUCACUCCCUCGGUUGUCCUCCUUCCUCCCCUUUCUUGACGAUUUCUCAGUGGACACAGAAGUGGGGGCGCAGGAGCAUUUGUUGUUUUAUAAAACGUUGAAAUCAGGUGUUUGCACAAUUCGUGCGGCCCUUCUUGAGGAGGGCCGCCGCAAGUUCAAUCAGGAAAGUAUUGUUUUUAGAGAUCGUUUUAGUAGUUAAAUAAUAACCUUGUUCUAUAUAUGUCAUUUCCCCCCUCCCUCUGACUCCCCCCAAAAACCCAUCAAGUGUUAGGAAGUGCCCUUAAGCACUGGUCCGGGUCAAGCGCUAUGUAGCUCAGGAUGGUUGUGGUUAGGGUUAGUUCAGGGAAAGCAGAUCCUAGACCAGCCCUGGAGGUCAGUCUCCGGAGGCCCCAACUCCCCCUAGUCCCCCCCCCCUUUUUUUGUUUUGUCACUUUAUCCUUUCCCAUCAAAUGGUGCAAUAGGACAUCUAUUUCUUUUGAAAAUGGGUGGGUUAUUUUGUUUUAUUUUUGUGGGCUAUGGGGCAAGGCUCUGUGCCAUAGUUUUUCAAUUUAAUGCAGUCAGUCAGCAAGAGGGAUGAGUGGUUGUGAAACGCUCUUUACCAUUCAAAACAAAAACAUCAUGUCAUUCUCGAAGAGGUAGAAAUUUAACUUACUAAAAGUCAAAUUUUGAAUAGCACUUUUUGACUCUUUGCUUCUUUGGUGAAGAGUGGGGGUAGUUAUUAUUGUGGAUAUAUCUUUUAUUUCACUGUAUACAGUUGGAUGUGUGGAAAUAUAUACAAAUAUAUAUACUAGUAUUUCCAUAUUUGUGCAUUUAGGUCUGUGUUUUGGUGUGUGUGUGUAUGUUUUGGCACAUGCAGACAGCGUGUUAACACAAUCAACCUCUUCUCUCACCAUGCAGAAACAUGAUUAAAAUAUAUAUUUUCAUUGCAUUCUAUAUUCUACUCAAGAGGCAGUAUUUUUAUAGUCACCAUGACUAAGUUGUUGACCAUUCUGACUGUUAUCAAACACAGUUUGUUUAGGAUAUAUAUAUAUAAAUAUACCUGUAUAUAUUAAAGACAUAUUCAGGAUAUACAAGUAACACAUAAAUAAACAAAUGCACAGGUAAUUAAAUGCUAUUAUUUACAUCACUAUGGGGUAAGUUAGGGCUGUAAAGUGUCUAUCUGCAUGCAUGUGCAAUCACAUGCACACACGCACGGGCCCACACAGACAUUUGUGCAUACACACAUAUGUAUGUGUGUACACUGUAUGAUUGUGCUUAAAAUUAAACUGUGCUUACGUUGGAGAAGGAAUUUUAGGAUGAGCAAGCUGAUUGUUAUCUCAUAAGCAGGCAUGUUGACCAUGUGCAAUAUUUCUAAACAACAAAAAAAAGUAAAUAUUGAAAAUAUUAAAGAUCUGACAACACAA